AUGGAGAACGAACCGCAGUCAGCUACCUCCUCGAGGCGGGGUCGCCUGAUGGGCAAGCUGUUCGCCCUCAAGGAGAAGGAUCGCAAACCGACGGCCGAAGAGACGGGCAGUAACAUCAACGAUUUCCUCAACGGCCCUUCCGAUACCCUCCAGGUUUCUCACGCGACCCCUCAGAGCGCCCUUCCCCAGCUCACGAAGCUGGAUACAUCUUCAGCCACCCGCUAUCCCCAGGCUCUGAAUGUUGCCAGCCAUUCUCAGCAGAGCCUGAACCUCCCAAUCCACUCCGCUCGCAGUCCUGCUCACAGCCCAGGUCUGCCCCCGCCUCGGAGCCCGCGGCGCAACAACCGAAGAGGCUUGAAUGUUCGCUUUGUAGACUCAUACCCCGAGAUUAUUGGCGAAGGUGGUGACGAGUCGGAGAUUCCUGCGAUCGAGGUGUCUAGGAACAAGAAGCAGCGCCCUCCUCCCGACAACCAGCGCCGCCGACCUAUUGCCGCCGUUCACGACUCUCCGCCCCGAGCUCCUGCACCGAGAGAAGACUCCGACUUCGUUCCCGGCCGUCUGCGUCGUACACAAACCGGCUUCUCGUCUAUCCACGAGCCGGAGCCACGGGAGGCCCCUCCCCCUCCCGUUCCCAGAGAGGUUGCACCGGGUUAUAAUGCCUCGGCGCCAUUCCUGGACACACCCACCAGCGCCAAGGAUGAGAACCGGAAGUCCUUCAUCGAGCAUCACCAGGCCGAAAUGCGCCAGGCUGAAGGCAGAGCUUUUGCAGAGGCUGCACGCUCAGCCAGCCAGUCCUCCCAUCCUCAGGGCGAUGAGCGCGCUGGCUACACACCUGCCACACCUCAACUGAACGAAUCACCCACAAAGUCCCCUGACCUCCAUAAGAACCCGCCCGACCAGAGUCCCUCUUCUGUGUACUCAGCUGGCAGCAGUUUCGGACAGCAGAGCGCAGGCAACAGCUUUUCGAGACAAGCCUCUGUCAGCUCUCAGCACAACUUGGUUGCCCCUCCUUCGAUGGCUUCUAGACAGGCGUCUUUUAACAUGCACGAUGCGGUCCUUGCAGUUGGCGAAGAUGCCCUGAACAGUUUCGUCACACGCACGCGCCACCUCAAUGAGCUUUUCAGACUGCAUGCCGAGACAAUCAAGCCUCUUUCAGCCUGCCUGCCCUACGAGUUGGCGCGUGCUUCCCUGUGGUGGUUCCUCAAAGGACGCAUGGCACUGGAGGCGGCUGUGCGCGCCCGCCCUGGCAGCCCUAAAGAUCAGAUGCAGAACGACAUGGACCGCCAGCAAGCUUACGCAAACCUCGCCAAGGGCUACUGGCUCGCUGAGGAGGCUAUCCCCGAGCUUAUGGAGGCUAGACAUCUUCCUCCCGAUAGUGGCAUCAAUGACAUUCGCUCCACACUGGUUUCAACACUGAAGAAGCUAACUGUUUCUAUGAAGAGAAACGGAUUCCUGCCCCCUGAGGAGGCCUUCCUGCCCCAGACAAUCGACAAGUCGAUCUGGGUGGAGUAUCCCAGACUCAGCAUGGAUAUGGUUGCGCUACUCACUGCAGACUCACAAGCAGCCAUCUCCGGGGUGGUCAAGGUGCCCUCGCCUCUAGAGAUUCUCGACGCCCUGCCCCCUGGUGAUACAGCCGAAAACUUCACGUUCGGCAGAAUCAGCACCGAUGUGUUCUUGAUGGAGCAGGGCAUGGAGUCCCAGAGAUUCUACUUCCCCUGUCUCCUGUCCAUGGUCCGACCUCAGAAGCAGCCCAACCUCGUGUUUGUGAUUGCCAGUCAACAUGGAGAGGUCAAUCUGCGCAUCCAAGGCAACAAGCAAGCCGGCCCUACCUGGGACGACGUUCGUUGGCGCAAUGAGACCUGCUCACUCGAAAUCAAGCUGCCCCGAGGCUUUAUGGUCGUCGCUCAAUGCUCACAAUCAGAUUACCGUAUGUUGUGGAGCAUGUAUGACUUUGGCGCCAAGGUCCAGGCCACUCUCUACCCCCGAUCUGAUGAGCAUUGCACAUUCCGCGCCAAUCUUCGGUCUUUCCAAUACUUCGACUCUGAUCCUCAGGCGCGUGCUUUUCCCAAGGAGGCCAUCCAAGGCUGCGACGUUGCGCUGUUUGAGAAGAUUCAUAAGGAGAACUCACCAACUGGCCCCCGAGCUUACCACCGCGGCUUCAGAAUCACCGUCGUUACUGGCGCUCGCACACGAACUUUGAGCGGCAUCAACCACAGCUACACUCCCCAGAUGCCGAUUCCCUUCGGCUUCCUGCGUAACGACAAUGGGGACGCAGCCAUGCUUCUCAAGUACGACAACGGCCGCCAGAGAGUGACCAUGGUACUGUCCUUUGCCGACGAGAGGGAGCGUGCAUACUUCCACACCCAGAUUGUCGGCACCAAUGUUCAAAAGGACGAGACCAUCUUUGCGGAUGUUCCUCUGCUUGGGUUCUCUGUAUCUACAUCUCUGAACGACAGCAAGUACCUGCCAGGCAUCAGCCAGAUUCCUUGGACGGCGGUCCGCGUUAUCAACGAGGACGCGGAUGAGGAUGUUCCCCGCACAGUACUUUCGGACAGACUAAGAGUUGUCGUCGAGUCCAAGCAAGGCUACCUUACCGAUCGUGUCAACGUUUCCCCUGGCGAGCUGCGACUGAGACUAGAGGUGAAGGACGCGAAGAGCUUGGUGGUGAUGCGACAGCCUCAAUUCGACAUGACUGUGGCGGUUUCGGACGGAUCAGUUGGCAAGGAGGUGCCCAAGGAGCUGACAGAGAUGCUCCAGAUGCUGCAGACCUCGCAGACCAUUCGUACCUACAGCUUUCCGACCCUGAAGGAUCUCCACUCCUUCCAGGCUGCCCUGACGGGCUUCAAUGUGCUCUUCGACGGACUUGCUGCAGCUUUUGCCAUUUCCCGCCGACGUAUGGUGGUUCCCAUUCACAAGAAGUGGGAGGCCGGAUGGACUAGAGUCCAAGUCAUUCAGCAGAAUUCGAUCAUUCAGCUGCUGGCGUUCUUCCCCGACUUCCACCACGGCCAGUGCAUGAACUUUGUGCUCAAAGGUACCGACGUUUUCGAGACGUUUUCUCGCAGCAGCAAGGCUGGUAUUAAGUUUGUUGACGCCAAGUUCCCGUUGCCGCGAAUGCCUAACGGCACCGAUGGACCUUCGGAUGACAUGGGAUUCAUCUGUAUUGACAUGCCGGAUCUACCGGGAGAGCAUGAUGACAUCUCGCUCCUCUUCGAGAACGAAGCGGAACGCGACCGCCUGUGCCAGUGUUUGCCGGCGCCUGUCAAGGGGGCCUCGAGGUCCUUGAGAGGCAAAUGA